CUGAACACUAUGCUCAACGAUACAGCCUCGGAUGUACGAGUAGCAGCUGCGAAGGGUUUCGUGGCCUUGGCGAAGCAUGACGAAUGUCGAAGCAAGAUGAUUGAAUUUGGAUGUGCGGAUAGUCUCCGAAGAAUGUUGUGCGAUAUCAAAUCUGUGCCAGAUGAAACAUUUUUCGACAUUGUUGCAGAGCUGGUAAAAUAUGAGGAGAUUCGGAACAUGAUGCUGGAAUCUCAUUCCUCUGAAAAGCUGAAGGAAUCUCACCUCCUCGACAAGCUGAAGGAUAUGCUCCGAGUCGGUACUUAUGACUCGAAUGCACGACUAGUUUCUGCGAAGGGAUUCAAAAUUUUUGCGGAAUAUGAUAAUUGCCAAAGCAAGAUGAUUGAAAUUGACUUAAUGAAACUUCUUCAAAGUAUGCUCCAUAGCACCGAGUCAAGAGUAACAUCUCUUGAAAUAGUGACUGAAUUUGCAAAGCAUGCGAUCCUUCGAAAGAAGAUGCUAGAAUCUAAUUUUCUAAAGGACCUGCAAGAUAUAUUUUCCCUCCGAAAAUCAAAAGUGGAUAGCUACUCGAGUAUAAGUGAUAUAGAUAAUGACUCGAAUGUACGAGUCAUGUCUACGAAGGCAAUCACAGUCUUUGCAAAAUAUGAUGAAUGUCAAGGCGAGAUUAUUCGGAUUGACUUCCUGAGUUGUCUCCAAAAGACAUUUGGCCAUGCCGAGUGGACUUGUAGAGAAUCGGCCGUUGAAGCUGUUGGAGAAUUUGCAAAAUAUGAGAUACUCCGCCGUAAGAUGCUGGAAUCUCACUUUCUCGAGGAUUUAAAAAACAUGAUCCAUGAUGAGUCCUUACCUGUACGACUAGCAUCUGUGAAUGCAAUCGCAAUCUUCGCGAGCCAUGACGACCAAUGCGAUGUGAUUACCUUUGGCUUUGUGGAUUAUCUUUACCAGAUGUUCAAUGGUUCCAAUUGGAAAUCGAGACAAAUAUCUCUCAAUGCUGUCGCUGAAUGUGCACAUCACGAAAAACUCCGAAGCAAGAUGCUGGAAUCUCACUUUCUUGAGUAUCUGAGAUACUUGCUCGGUGAUAGUGACUGUGAUGUGCAACUAGCAUCGGCUAAGGCUAUCGUAGCCUUCGCAAAGCACGACAACUCUCGACGUGCAAUGAACGAAUUUUCCAUGCUGGAUCUUGCCCUUCAACGUCUUCAAAUGUAAGGCGAAGGAGUGCUGAGAUCGCAAAGACUUUGCGCUGUAUGAGACUCCGCACAACAAUGAAGCCUGAAUAUACGGCCAGUCUUAACGAGAUGCUUAGCGAUCAUAACAACGACUAUCCUAUCUGAAACACUUCGACUAGCCUCCAGUGAUAGGGCAUAUACUCGUAAAAUAUUUUGUAGCAUUCGUUGUCUCUUUUAUUAUGAUAGUGUAUGACACUAAUCCUUACAGCCCAAACUCAAUACCUUUUCACUUGUUUUUAUUAUAAUGCUAGCAUGAUCCU